AUGGCAAGCAUUCCAGUCGUAUCACUACCAGAGCAGCUCUCCCAGCUGCAGAAGCUGCAGUCUCUCUAUGCUGCCUCCUUGUGCCAUGCUCCCUCGCUUCUGUUGUUCUCCUCGCUCUUCAUGUUCACCUUGCCCAUCCUCGGGUUUGACAUCUCCCCUUCCCAGCAGUUUCCCUGCUCUGUGCUCUUCCCGUGCCUGCCCCUUGCUCUUCUCUGCCCCUUGCUCUUCUCUGCCCCUUGCUCUUCUCUGCCCCUUGCUCUUCUCUGCCCCUUGCUCUUCUCUGCCCCUUGCUCUUCUCUGCCCCUUGCUCUUCUCUGCCCCUUGCUCUUCUCUGCUCCUUGCUCCUCCCUGCUCCGUGCUCUUUCCUGCUCCUCGCCUCUUGACUGCUCCUUGCCUUCUGCUCCGUGCCUCUCGACUGCACGCAUCGUAAGACGCUUGGAUGCUCAGCGUCGCCUGUCUGGGGAGCUGCCUGCGUGGAUCUUCAGCCUCACAGACUUGACUUCACUGGAUAUCAAGGGCAACAACUUUUCAGGCUCCAUUCCAGAGGCAAUCAGCAGCCUCAAGCAGUUGCGGAAGCUACGCAUCACGGAGCUAACGCUGUCAGGGUCCAUCCCCGAGUCGAUAGGAGCGCUCACCAACCUGCAAGAUCUGGACUUGGAAGGCUGCGGCAGCCUGGAUGGCACCAUUCCCGCCUCCAUUGGCAACCUCACCGCACUCACCUCCCUGUGA